AUGACGACGAGCAUCCUUUGGCCCCUGGGCUGCUGCACAUCCUGCACAGAGCAGGGUCCUGAGCAUUUCCUGGCUUCUGUCUCCCCAGGAACCUUCCGAGGAGUGUGCAAGAAAAUCGACCACUUCCCUGAGGAUGCAGACUACGAGCAAGACACGGCCGAGUAUCUCCUCCGCGCAGUGAGAGCAUCCAGCAUCUUCCCCAUCCUCAGCGUGGGGCUGCUGUUCUUCGGGGGUCUGUGUGUGGCCGCCAGCGAGUUCUACAAGAGCAAACACAACGUCAUCCUCAGCGCCGGCAUCUUCUUCGUCUCUGCAGGUCUCAGCAACAUCAUCGGGAUCAUCGUCUACAUCUCGGCCAACGCGGGCGACCCGGGCCAGAGCGACUCCAAGAAGAGCUACUCCUACGGCUGGUCCUUCUACUUCGGAGCGCUGUCCUUCAUCAUCGCCGAGAUGGUGGGGGUGAUCGCCGUGCACAUGUACAUCGAGAAGCACCGCCAGAUCCGCGCCCGCUCCCACUCGGAGCUGCUGAAGAAGUCGGCCUUCACCCGCCUCCCGCCCUACCGGUACCGCUUCCGCCGGCGGUCCAGCUCCCGCUCCACCGAGCCCCGCUCCCGGGACAUGUCACCCAUCAGCAAAGGGUUCAGCACCAUCCCCUCCACCGACAUCUCCAUGUUCACCCUCUCCAGGGAUCCCUCCAAGGUUACCAUGGGGACGCUGCUCAACUCGGAGCGGGACCACGGUUUUUUACAGGUCCAUAACUCCAUCCCCAAAGAGUUCAAGGAGUCUUUGCACAACAACCCGGCCAACAGACGAACCACGCCGGUCUGAGGCGGGCUGGGCCGUGGGCAGGCUGCAUGGCAUCACCCUCGUCACGGUGUAACCUGUGAAACCCCGUUUUUAAGGACAAACCCAGAGGCUCCCCGUGGCCCUGCUGGUUUUUCGCUCCUGAAAUGCCACCGGCCGGGCCCGGCUGCCGCGCCCGCGGU